AUGCUCCCUGACGGUCGGAUCGUCGCAGUAAAGAAGGCAAAGGCCGUGGACAAAGAUCAAGUGGCAGAGUUCAUAAACGAGGUCGUGGUUCUCACACAAAUAAACCACCGCAACAUCGUGAGUAUAUUUGGAUUUUGCCUGGAGACGGAAGUCCCUGUUUUGGUCUAUGAAUAUAUCCCCAACGGGAAUGUUUUCGAGCUUCUCCACGGUGAUGUUGAAGGUGGUCACACGGCUGCUAAUUGGGAACUACGAUGGGACAUUGCCAAAGACACCGCCCAUGCUCUUGGUUACCUUCAUUCGUCUGUGACGUGUCCCAUUUACCACAAGGAUGUCAAAACCGCAAACAUAAUGCUUGACCACAAGCAUCGUGCUAAGCUGGCGGACUUUGGAACUUCUCGAGUUAUCUCCGUGGACGACACCCACCUGACCACACCUGUGGUCUCAGGUACUCCCGGAUACCUUGACCCGGAGUACCACCAGUCCAGCCAGUACACGGACAGGAGUGACGUCUAUAGUUACGGUGUGGUUCUUGCUGAGCUCCUCACUGGAGAAGAACCUUACAUCCUCCAACCGCCGCCUCAACAUCCCAAGAAAUUAGCAAUAAACUUCCUCCGUGACAUGAAAGAGAAGCCACUUUUGGACAUCAUCGAUCCCCGAAUCAGAGACGACUGCGCUUUGGAUCAGGUCAAGGUUAUGGCCAAGAUUGCGAGGCUGUGUCUGAAUCGUAAAGGGGAGAAACGACCAACCAUGAGCAGUAUUAUAAUGGAGCUGGAGAGGAUUGGUUCCUCGCAUGGAGAUUCACAGGCACACCACAUACUGGAAACUGACGACGACGAAGACGAUGACGAGGAGCAAGCGGUCCAAGUUAGAGAAUCCUUCAACAUUGACGUGGCUUCCACUUCAGCAACCCAACCGGUCCAAGGUAGAGAAUCCUUCAACAUUGACGUGGCUUCAACUUCUGCAACUCAACCCAUGUUUCCUCGGCAAACAUAUUGA